AUGUCAGCACCUAGUCAUGCAAUUGCAAAGGCUGUGGUUGCCACAGCUGGGGCUAUGUUAUUUAUUGCAGGGGUUUUCCUUUACUUCUUCCAAAAGUUUGUUCUUGCUAGAUACCACCAAAGACACAAAGUUGCUGCAAGUUUUCGUCGAGAACCAGGAGUGAACCAUGAUGAUAUAAAGAAAGUUGGUGGUAAUGUGAAAGCAUUAAUUGUUGAAGAAAAUGGGGUUGAUAUACUGUAUAUGAUGGACACAGAGAGCAGACAACUGAUAACUGGAUUCUCAAAUAGUAUAUUGAAUCCUAGUUUUGAGGAUGAUGAAGAAGAAAAAAGAAUAGAUAAAAUGGUCCAAAGAUCCAAAAUAUCUAGGCCUCAGGAGAUUCCACAGGUAUGUGAAUCUCCAUGCUCUACUCUGCCAUCUUCCGUUUCAGCAUCACUAACACCAAUACAACACUUGCCACCAACACCUCUGCUAGCACCUCCAUGUCCACCACUUCCACAAGCUUCACCAAUGAUUCUUGAGAAGAAAACUCAACAACCACCACCAGCUCCUCCUCCUCCACCACCACCACCACGAAAAGAAAUUCCAAAGGCACCACCACCUGGUCCACCUCCACUUCCAAAGGCCAAUGGAUUCGUUUCAUCACUGAAACCCCCACCUGUUCCUAAAGAGAAAGCAAACAUAAAAAACAACAAUGUGUCCAUGGUAGGGGAAAGCACAAGAGAGAAGGGUGCAGGCCCAACAAGGUUGAAGCCUCUACACUGGGAUAAAGUUGUUGCUAAUGUUGAUCAUUCAACAGUCUGGGAUAAGAUCAAUGAUGGCUCUUUCAGGUUUGAUGAUGAACUCAUAGAAACUCUCUUUGGAUAUAAGACAAACUAUAAAACCCACGAAAGAAACAGAAGUCUUUCAACUUUGGCUAACUCCAAUUCCAACAUACCAACUCAAGUAUUCAUUCUGGAGCCACGAAAAUCUCAAAACACUGCAAUUGUGCUAAAAUCCCUUGCAAUUUCUCGCAAGGGAAUCUUGGAUGCACUACUUGAUGGUCAGGGACUCAGUGUUGAAACACUUGAAAGACUCACUAAAAUAGCUCCCACCAAAGAAGAAGAAGCCAAAAUCAUGCAAUUCAGAGGCAACCCUGAUAAGCUAGCUGAUGCUGAGUCUUUCCUAUAUUACAUCCUGAAAGCAGUUCCAACAGCAUUCAAUCGUUUGAAAGCAAUGCUUUUCAGGUCGAGUUAUGAUUGUGAAGUUCUUCAGCUUAAGGAAAACCUACAAGCACUUGAAAUGGGUUGUAAGGAACUGAGGACUAGUGGUCUGUUUUUGAAACUCCUUGAGGCCAUUCUCAAAGCUGGGAACCGAAUGAAUGCUGGAACUUCAAGAGGCAAUGCACAAGGUUUCAACCUGAGCGCUCUUAGAAAACUUUCUGAUGUAAAAAGCACAGAUGGGAAGACUAGUUUGCUUCACUUUAUCGUGGAACAAGUGGUUCAGUCAGAAGGAAGAAGACAAGCUAUGUAUCAAAACCACAACCUUCACAUAAGCAAUGGUGAAACAAGCAAUAUCAAUGAACCUAAUUCAGAUAGAGUGAUACAACAAGAGGCAGAAAAAAAAUAUCAAAUGCUUGGUUUACAAGUGUUAGGUGGGCUAAGUGAUGAGUUAUCUGAAGCAAAGAAAGCAGCCAGCAUUGAGUAUCAGAAUUUCAUCACAAUGUGUUCCACUCUCAAUGCUCAUGUUAUUGAAAUUCGACAGAUUAUAACAUGCUGUGGCAACACUGAGAAGGGUGGAUUUAUCAACGAAAUGAAAGGGUUCCUAGAGGAAUGUGAGGAGGAGCUUAAGGUUGUGAAAGAGGAGCAGACAAGGAUCAUGGAGCUUGUGACAAAAACCAACGAGUACUAUCUAGCAGGGGCAUCCAAAGACAAUAUGUCAAACCAGUUUCAACUGUUUGUUAUUGUAAAAGAUUUUGUUGACAUGGUAGGUCAGGCUUGCAUUGAACUUAAAAGGAAGCUGGAAAAGAAGAAUGUAGGAGUGGAAGCUGUAUCAACACCACCUUUGUCACCAUCAAAGAGGACGCCACUCAGAUUCCCUAACUUUGAUUUAUAUUUUCUGUCAAAUUUGUCAGAAACAUCAUCAAGCCAAUCGGAAGAUGAUUUCUGA